CUGGUUAUACUUGUCUCUGCCAGACCAAGCGCAGUGCAUAGUGAGUACUGAGGAUCUGCUGCAGGAGCCAGUAGCCAAGGAGAAGCUGCAGAAGUGACACCAGGGAGAGAGAGACUACUGCUGCUGCACAGAGGAAGAUACUUAUUACAGGCGUCUGCGCAAGCACACUGGUUGCAGUACACAUUAGGACAAAUAGGACAAUUUAAAUCGCAAACACCUGUAUACUCAUAUCUCGCUCCGGGUGUGGAUGGAGACCUUGGACUACAUCUGAAGUUGCGGCCAAUGCUCUUUAGCAAUGGAGAUGCUACGUCGCUCAUCGGUGUUUGCUGCAGAAGUAUUAGAAGUUUUUGACAGAUCACCCACGGAUAAAGAACUGGUUGCCCAGGGAAAAGCUCUUUGCAGAGACUUUAUCCAAGCUCGGCUUCAGCGUGCUGGUCUUGGAUGGAGUAAACCGGAGCAUGGGAUAUCUUCUGCUGUAGGUGGACGUAUGGCAGAGGUAUCUGCCACCUUUCUGAGGCUGGCGGAUGAGCUGGAGUAUAUGAGACCAGCCGUGUACAGGAAUAUAGCCCGGCAGCUGAACAUCUCUCUCUCCUCAGAGUCUAUUCUGUCUGAUGCCUUCCUGGCAGUCGCUGCAGAGAUAUUCACAGCAGGGAUCACGUGGGGAAAGGUGGUAUCACUGUAUACAGUGGCAGCAGGCCUUGCAGUGGACUGUGUCAAGCAGUCUCAGCCCGCACUAGUUCUGACUAUCGUGGACUGUCUAGGGGAGUUUGUACGCAAAACUCUGGUCACAUGGCUAAAGAGGAGAGGAGGAUGGACGGAUGUAACAAAAUGCGUUGUCACCUCUGAACCCGGCCUCCGAUCACAUUGGUUGGUCUCCAGCAUAUGCAACCUAGGUCAUUUCUUGAAGGCAGUAAUUUUUUUCCUGCUUCGAGAGCGAUGACCUCUUGCAAUAGUUAUUUGUUCCUGAAGCAUUUGCAGCUUUAACAACAAGUCAUUUACUGCCAGGCACUGCCUCACCUUCGCUUGCAGUGUCCUGGUCUCACCAUCGUUUUCCUGAGAACCCAUCAUGGAACAUUGUGAUACGUGAAUGAAACUAUUGGCCAUGGUAAUGACUUACAAAAACACAUCAGAUUGUUUUGUGCGAUUUCCCUGGUCUCAGAGCAAUUCCUAUGGACUUUGCAGAUUCAUCUGAUUUCAGCCAUUUGUACUGUAACAAGACCAGCAUGUGUGGACAUAUUCAUAGUGUAAAUAGUAGAGAUUAGGCUGAGUUACCGUUAAAUAUACUACACCAGUAUUAAAGAAGCAAAAGAGUGGACAUAAAAGAAAAAUAAACCUGUUUUCUGUCACAUAUCA